AUGGCGAAUUGGCAAAAAUUGUUUAAGUUCAAUGGAGACGGGAAAGAAGACCCGGUACUUCAUUACCGUACGUGUGAAACAAUUUGGUCGUCCAAUGGCAUGACCGACAAGAUGGAAUGGGUGGUGCAGUUCCCCGCCAACCUACGAGGAGUGGCCAUUGACUGGUACUCCGAUGCUAAUAAAACGAAGCUGGCAACUUGGGAUGAAUUGCAUAAAGCCUUUGUAACAGAGUUUGGACUUCUUAGGGAUGACAAUGAAAUCGUUGCGGAAAUCCUGAGUACCAAGCAACGAAAAAAUGAGACCGUCCGAGCGUAUAGUCGACACCUGAAGGAAUUGUUGGGAAAAAUGGACAACAAGCCCGGUGAUAGAUUAAAGAAAAGGUGGUUUGUGGACGGUUUGAAAUUGUCCCUCAGGAGGAAAAUGAAAAUUGUACCACCCACCUCCUACGAAAAUGCCUAUAAUCGGGCAAUGGACCUGGAGAGUGAAGGCAAGACAUGCAAGAAGAAGAAAGACAAAUCCUUUGGGGAGGAGGAGGACUCGGAGGGAAGUAGCAGUGAUGAGGGGUCGAGCAAGAAGGUGCAAGCCCUCCAGAAGGACAUGUAUCGCAUGAUGAAGGAAUUCAAAAGUAUGAAGGGAAGCACCAGUAAAAAUGAGGAAGUGUGGUACGUCGAGUGUAAGGAGGAAGGUCAUACAAAAGGUACAUUUCCUAAAAAGGCCUUCUGUGACAUUUGCCAAGUGUUGGGUCACUCCACCAAAGAAUGUCCCUACAACAUGAAGACACGAGGGAAUCAGGUGCUUUUCACCCAGGAGCAGUCGUCACCCUCUGCUACAGCGGGCACAUCCUAG